CUUCGUGUAGUUGUGCAAAGUAAAUAGGAUUGAGACGCCACAAAAUUUGUGCUCAUCAUACUGCGUCGAAAAACCCCUUAGGUUUUCAUAAGUCGAUCAGGCUACUUUUCUUUUCUGUGACUACAGAGAUAUCGACCGCACGUGCUUAGGGUGUAUCACUCCAACGACCAAUCACGAUCAUGCAGGCGUUCUGGCUUGGCCAUCAAAGGGGCGUGGUUCAAUCCACCUUCCGCAAGUGGAGGCUCCAGAAUCGACCACCGGUUUCAACCGUUCCCACAGUGGUAGUUGCAUCGCGGAGUAUCGUAACGCCAACCCAAUGCCUGGAGUCACAAACGUCAUCAUCUCUCCCCUCUCGGCAGCGUUCCAUUUCGUCUCCUUUCGACCACCAGCCAACAACCGCUCCAACCACACUGUUGUUUUCCCCCGCUGCGAAGAAGCAGCAUUCAGUCAGUCACUUCCACACACACAGCUGUCAGCUAGCUCAAUCGCGUAAAGGUGAUUUAAUUGGACGUGAAGAAGUCAUCUACGUUCGUCGAGCCAUGGCUACCCUUGCAGCUCAAAGUCACGUAGAUCUCGUUCUGAAUGUUGAUAACAUUAAUCCUAAUGUCAAGGCUAUGGAAUAUGCUGUCAGAGGACCUCUCGUUAUUCGAGCCGGAGAAAUUGAAAAGGAGCUGGCUAUGGGAGUAAAGAAACCAUUCACCGAGGUCAUUAAGGCUAACAUUGGCGACGCACAGGCGAUGGGACAAAAGCCAAUUACCUUCAUUCGCCAAGUACUUUCGUUGGUAGCCUACCCGGAUUUGCUGAAUAGCAAGGAAUUUCCCGAAGACGUCAAGUCCCGAGCUCGAGCCAUUCUCGAAUCCAGCAGGGGAAGCGCGGGCUGUUACAGUGAUUCAGCAGGAUUAGAACUUGUUCGGAAUCAUGUGGCCCAGUACAUUGAGCGCCGCGAUGGGUUUCCCGCUGAUCCAAACAACAUUGUUCUUUGCGCCGGAGCUUCUGAAGGCAUCCGAUCUACGUUGAAGAUGUUAUCUACAGUAAGCGGUCCACGCACCGGAAUCAUGAUCCCGAUUCCACAGUAUCCUCUUUAUUCAGCUUCCAUCGUCGAAUACAACAUGGAACAAGCUGGUUACUAUUUAAACGAAGACAAUGAUUGGGGUCUAGAUGUAUCCGAACUGGAGCGAGCUGUAAAUGAAGCACGCAAACGGUGUAACGUUCGCGGAAUCGUUGUAAUCAACCCUGGAAACCCAACCGGUCAAGUACUUACCCGAGAUAACAUUGUUGAAGUCAUCAAGUUUGCCCAUAGGGAAAAACUUUUUAUCUUUGCUGAUGAGGUGUAUCAAGACAACGUUUAUGCACACAACAGAAAAUUCCAUUCCUUCAAAAAGGUGACGAAAGAAAUGGGUGAUCCAUACGACAAGCUAGAAUUGGCCUCUUUCCUAUCAUGCUCCAAAGGCUAUAUGGGCGAAUGUGGAUUGCGCGGCGGAUACGCGGAAAUCGUCAAUAUGGAUCCGGCAGUUAAAGCGCUUUACUUGAAAAGUAUCUCUGCAAAACUUUGCCCUACAGUUCUCGGCCAGGCUGUUAUGGACUGUGUGGUUAAUCCUCCACAACCUGGCGAACCAUCCUAUGAACUCUUUAGCAAAGAAAAAGCAGCCGUCCUUCAAUCUUUAUCUGAGCGUGCAAGCAUGAUUGCCAAAUCGUUCAACUCGAUUCCCGGCAUAAAGUGUAAUACCGUUCAGGGAGCAAUGUACGCUUUUCCAGAGGUUAAGAUUCCCGAGAAAGCAAUUGCCAAGGCAAAGUCAUUAGGACAAGCACCGGACGUUUUCUACGCUUUCCAACUACUCGAGCAAACAGGAAUGUGUUGCGUUCCUGGAUCAGGAUUCGGGCAGAGACCUGGAACUUACCACUUCAGGACAACCAUCCUCCCUCAACCAGAGAAACUGCAAAUCAUGUUGGACAAAUUCCGUUCCUUCCAAGAGAGUUUUAUGAAAGAAUACCAAUAAUAAGUAGCACAUUUCCUUUUCUAUCACUUUAGUAGUUGUGCUUUAUUUGGGAUCACAACACACAUAGGGACGCAACACUUAUAUGCAACACUUUAUGCUUUUUGAUGUUCUGUUUUUUGCCUCCAUUGAAAGCAAACCUGGCAUCAAUCAGUCCAAACACCACCAGUGCCUUUUGCGAAUGUAUGGUUUCUCGUGUGUUCAGCCGUUAAAUGUAUUUGUUUCCUUUCAUUAAUCGGCGCAUUUGGAUACGAAUAUAAAAUUUUUUUAAAAUGUAUGAAAUAAAUUUGAAUCCCAAAGU